AUGAGCUUUCAGACCUUCUGGAGAGACUACAAAGUUCUGGUUGUUAUGGUACCUUUAGUUGGGCUCAUACAUUUGGGAUGGCACAGAAUCAAAAGCAGCCCUGUUUUCCAGAUACCUAAUAAGGAUGAUGGUUCUGAGCCAGAUAGUCUGGCACCUGCAAGUCCUCAGAAGAAACACAUUCAAGGGAAAUAGCAGGCUUGCAGUCUUUAG